CCGCGUUUUGCGUGAGGUCGUCUUGGAAAUUGCGAAUUUUCCGUGAUUUUGUGAAGAUGAUACGAAUUUCUGCGCUAAACGAUGAAGGAUCCGACGAUAGCAAUGGAUUGGACAGCGAGCUCAUCGUCACGAAAGAAGCGGAGGAAACGAUCGCGAUUUCCGAAUAUGUCCGGGCGCUGCAAAUGAAAAAGGAGAACAAGCAGCAAGAGGCGCUGGAGUUGUUACUGGAGCUGUUGGACACCCAAGUAAUCCACGAUGUCACUUCCACUCAAACGGACAGUAAGCUUUUUGCAGUAAAAUACAAUUGUUACCGGAAUAUUGGGCUUAUUUACGAAGAGCAAAGCAAGGAAAGUCUGGCCAUCGAAUUCCUGAUGAAGGCAAUGGAUCUAGACGAAACGGACGUGUACACAAUGUCGCGAUUGGCUCGCAUGGCACUCAAAACGGGGUAUUUGCAGAUAUCGAAGCUGUACUUUGAAAAAUGCUUAAAGCGAAAUCCAAACCAUUGGCCAAGUAUGGAGGGUCUGUUGAGGGUGUUCUGUAGCGCCUCGAACGUUGUUGAAGCAUACGGUUGGGCAAGCCAAUGUAACAGAAAAGACCCUCGCAACACCCUGUAUGUCGAUGUGCUCAGAGCCAUCCGGGAGCGCUUCAAAAGUACGCUACCAUACCUUGAUACCGUUUUCAUCGUGCCACCGGCGGUAAAUUUCGAGGCCGAGGAAAAGAGACGACCACUAAAAGUAGCGCUGGCUACCUUUGAUGAGUUGUUUACCGCGAAACCUAUCUAUGAGCCUCCCGAUUUCACCAUCAUGCCGGAUAUACUCAAGCAAGAACUGAAGAUGGACGAUAUCAGCUUUGAAACGAUCGGUAACAUGUUGAUAAAGCUAGAUGAUAAAAUGGAAGAGCUCGAUUUGAGAUGCGUUUUCAUGCUGGAAACCGACUCACUCUUUUGCGAACGCCACAAGGAAGAGGACGAAAAGAUAGAGGAGGCUACUCAGGAAUCUCCAGCUGUUACCGAAAAUGUCGAUGAUUCUGUUGCAGCGAAAGAAGAUAAUCGAAUGGAAGUGGAAGAAGAAGAAAUGUGUGAAGAUGCAAACGAGACUAGUGUCAGUUUUGUAAAACUCUCGGAAGACGCCAAUGGAAAUGGCACAUCUGCGGCCGAUAGUGCUGAUUCAGGAGUCGAUGCAAACGAGCAAAAAAAUAAAGCUCGACGUAGAGGCAGUGAACUUAAAAUUUUGGAGCAGUGGGGUUGGCAUAAAAAUCGUCGUUCAACGCGCAAGAAGACCAUUCAAGAGCUAAACGAUCCGGCCGAUUCGACAGUAGAAUCAUUCUUCAAACUUUCAGUUAAACAGCAUAUUUCUGAGGAAAAGCAACUGAAAGAGUCACCUUUCACGUUGGACCAGCGACGCAAGAGUUCCGAGGCGGAUGGCACGGAGACUGCUAUCAACAAUGCGACUAGAGAAGAGUCGGCUAUAACGCAGUCGGAUUUUUGCAGUGAAUGCAAUUUACAGAGUUUUAUAAGCGAAAUGAAGCAAAACGACAUCGACGUUUACGCGUUAAUGUACGGAUUUCUUGUGCACAUUUCGAGAUCAUGGGGCAUUGCAACAAGACCCGAGCUACGUCCCAUUUAUCUAAAACUGCACAACUCGUUCGUCCAGUACACAGACUAUGAGGCGUGGAAUCAGCUGUCUCCUGAAAGGCUUGAACUGAUAUUUCAAAUAUCGGUAUUCUAUUUGGAAUUGAAACUAGAUGCAGGACUAGCGGAAUCACGAGAUGAAUCGAGAUGCAUUCUUGAUGCCUUCGAUGAUGAGAUUUUCAAUCGGUGCCGUUUCUAUGUGGAUAGUUUGCCCAACGAGAGAACCGUAGCCGUCUAUCGCAUUCGGUUACGGUGGAUCGCGUACAUUGUGGAGUGCAGUGCUCAAAAGUUCGAUGCUGCCCUUGAGAAUUUGUACUUGCUGCAAGAGAAUUUAUGCCAUUCAGAUGGGCACCGGAUAGUGCUUAAUUUUCCUAACCAGAAGGCUAACAUUUGUGUUAGUUUAGAGAAAAUUGAAGAAUUGAUUGGUGAAACUGAGCGUAAACUGCGCAUUGAACGUGUGAGGCGCCAUUAUGAGGAUGGUGAGCACGAGCAGGUGGUGGAUAUCUUGAAGGAUACUCUUCGUUAUUACACGACUGUUGGAAACCCCAACGAAACAGUGCUUAGUCUGACAAUACAAUCCCAGAUGCUACUCGAAUCUUUAUGGAAUAUCGCAGAAAUGGAAGAAUGUUUGAUUUGGUCAGAAAAAGUGUUCACCUAUUCCGUCCAUCAGUUCGUGGUAGCAGCAGGACAGCACGAUAGCCGUAAAACACGAGCUUGGGCCAGUAAUGUUAAUUUCGCCCAACUGUAUAUUGAUUCCAUCAUCAAGCAAGAAGGAUUUUUUAUAUUGGAAAUACUUGGAUCUCAAACAUCGAGGCUGAUACAAUCACUCUUCCGGCUGUUGACGCACCAGCUGGAUCCAAGUGUAGAAAAAAAUUAUACCGCUCAAUUGUGUUUAAUCGAUUGCUGGAGAGCGUGGAUAAUUUUUUAUUACAUUUUAGAAAGACAAGAUGAUCUGGACUGCUUGAUGAAAGUGAAUCAAACACCGGCGAUUCAAGAUCAGAAUGGAACGAUUGAAACAGAACCUGAACGGCUGUGUAAUUCCGUUAUGAUGUGUUUCGUUGCUCAUGAGCUGUUGGGCAAGAAGAACUGGUGUUCCAAAGGCGACAGUGGUCUUUUAUUCCAUAUACUAGAUGUGGUCGUACCUAAGAUACGGUCACCUUUGCUGGAACCAUUCCGUGAAAUCUUGAACGAAUAUCUGGAACAGGUUACUUACUGCCUGUAUGGCUACCCUCAAAAACGACCUCGGUUGCGUCACAUCCACGACCAUGGAGCCGUUCAGGUGUCGCUAAACUGGGCUCGAGCAAUUCAGUUGUUUGAUCUCUAUCGUCCCGAUAAUCUACCGGAAUUCAACUCAUACAAGUUAGAAUCAAUUUCCACCGAUAUGGAGGCCUUGCUACAACGUAUUAUAUCGCUUAUUCCGGCCGAGAUAGACGUGACGAAGCUUUCUCUGCCGAUUUCGGAAUUCAUCGAUGGCAAGGGCAACACACUACCAGAUGCGGCCAAUGUGUUGCAAAGCGAAAUCAAGCCAAUAUUUUAUCUACUGGCUGAUUAUUAUUUCAAGAGUCGCGAUUUCACCCGCGCCAUCAAGUACUAUGUGAUGGAUCUUGCCCUUGAACCAACGCGAUUCGAUUCCUGGGCUGGCAUUUCACUGUCAAAGGCCAGCAGGGUUGAAACGAAACUAAACUCCACCGAAGUGAUACCUCUGCAAGAUUUCCUGGAUGAAACCGACAAUGGUAUGAAAUGUUUCGAUCAGUGCUUGCAGCUAAAUGAAAACGAUGCACAGCUUUGGAUUGAGUAUGGAUCGUUUGCGUACAACAUUCAUUCUUUCUGCUCACGCAGUUUGAAAUUGUUGAGUGAUACUCUUUCGAUGGAGAGUUUUGCGUUGGUCGAAACACACAAGGAACGCUGCCUCGAUAUUGCUUUUUCCUGCUUUAACAAAGUAAGCCUGGAAAAGACUUCAUGCUCAGAACUACCGAUAGUGGCCGAGGAAGAACAUCAGCAACAGCAACAACAUCAGCAGCAACAGCAGCAACAGGAAAAUGGCAACAAUCACGAAGACGAAAUCUGGUUGCAUCACUACAUGCUGGGAAAGAUAGCAGAGAAGAAAAAAGAACAUCCAGCCGUCUAUCUGACACACUAUUUGAAAUCAGCCAAAUAUCUGUACGAGUGCAAUGCAACGUAUCCGAUCAAGAUUAAUCAUAGCAGCCCUUCGCAGCUGGCGAUCGAGGCUUUGGAGGUGUUCUAUCGCAUCAAUGCUGCCAUCAUAAAGUAUGUGGAGCAGCAUUCACCAAUCAACAAGAAAACUUCAAGGUUAUUUUUGCGGACCUUAAAAGAACUAUCCACUAGUCCGUUUGCGGUAAAUCGAGCAAAGAUUAAUGAAAACAUGCUGAAACGUAAAAUAUCACCUAACAACAAUGGAAGUAACACUGCUGGACCGCCAGGUGCUACAAACCCGGCGGAUGCCUCGGUGCCUUCACCAAAGGUUGCUAGGGAGUCCGAUGCUAUGGUUGCUGUUUGUAAACCGGGAGAUGAAGUGAAACUACAAUCACAAGAAGGAACGUGUGGUGCGGCGGAAGGUGUAGAUGCCGAUAAGCUGACUAACGUUGAACCGAUGCCAUCAGUCAGCAGUUCUCCGGCGACAGAAGUGCCAAGUACAACGUCCGCUCAUUCUUCGGCAGUGGUUGCGGAUGAAAAUAUUCCAUCAUCAACAUCGGUUACCCAGCAAACAGGACGCGUGCUAGAGCACGUUCGGGUAGAGGUCAUCAAGCAGCUCGUUGAAGGACAACCGGCACGCCGAGGAUCGCAGGAGAGUGCUAUGACGUCUUCCACCACGACUACUACCACGACGACAAGCACUUCUUCUUCGAGCAGCGAUUCGUCUGACAGUGAUACGGAUACAUCGUCUGAUUCCGACAGUGACACUUCUUCGACGGAAGACGAGCUUACCAAUGAACAAACCAUAAGCUCUGCUGAGAGGGACACAAUAUUCAAACAUUGUAUUAAAAAUUUGGAAGAAUGCAUCACACGUUUCCCGGAGCACUACAAAUCGAUGUACCGCCUGGUGCACCAUUACAUGCACGCACCCGGCGACACGAAAUCAUUCGACAAAGCUCGCCAACUGCUGUUGGGUAACUACCGUACUACAUUGGGUACGCAUAUUCCGGGUCUUUUCACGGAACGGAAAACCACAAACUUCUUCAACGGUUUAUGGAGAAUUCCGGCAUCGGAUAUCGAUCGACCGGGAAACUUUGCAUCGCAUAUUUCAAAAUGCGUCAUCGUGUUAAUGGAAACGCUGAAAGAGUUUAAUGAGCAUGAAAUAUUGGUCGAUCUUGCGAUGCAGCUGCAACGAACUCCGGAACCUGAUAAAAAGUAUCUUAACGAUUACGAGCGUAAAGAAUUGGUCCAGCAGGCAAUGAUGUAUUGCAUUCAGGUUUACAGAAGUUUAUUGAAGAAGGCGGUCGAUGCCCGGAAUGAUACCGAUCUGCUUUCACUAAUGAUCGACGCGUAUAAGGCUUAUCGCAAGAUCCUCAAGCUUAUGCCGGCCAAGGAACAAAUGUUUGCCUGUCUGCUGACCGAUGCUUACCGAGCGUUUGUUAGCGAUAAGGCGGUGAAAUUACCGGAAAACAGCAACGUGCUUGAUCUCUCCAUUAAGCUGUGCACUUACGAGAUCAAUUAUCGCAAAACCCAGGAAAAGCAACAAAAUACGAAUGGUUCCGCGGGGUCGGUUGGUAGUGGUACGGUCGGAGCAAAUGGUGGCAAACAGGGCAUGACAACUGGAGAGAUGCCGACAACAGUGAUCGUUCCGAUGCAACCAAUAUCGGCGAAUUUCAUUCCAGGACUCACGAAGCAAAACAGACGUAUCCCGGUAUCGAAGGUAACUGCACAAACCGUGGCAACAAGUACGAUGGCAAACGAUCCUUCCAUACACCAGCAACUUCAGCAGCAGCAGCAGCAGCACCAACAGCAUAACUAUCCAAUGGCACAGUCACAUCCUUACGGUGCACCUUCCAGUGCAAUCGGUAGCAUGAUGACGGAUCUUUCAUCUCGUGUGACCAUCACACCGAUAAUGCUCGAUACGGGAGCUGCUGGUGCUUCGACCGCUUCUUCAACAUCGAGCAACCUAGACUUAAAUGCUGGCAAACAUACUGCCACGGUUGCCUCUUCACUGCCACAAGCGAGUGCAAGGAAUUCAUCGUCUCAGUUAUCAGAUGCUCUACCAUCGGCUUCUUCCCUGACAGCCUCUGCAACAGCUGGUGCAAGCACAAACCCCACUGCCCUGUUUCAGCAAUAUUUGAAAAUAUUCAGCCAGAUGCCCAACAUUGCAUCAAUCGGCAACAAUCCUAUGAUGACGGCUGCUUUAACCGAGUAUUUGGCCACUUUUCAGAUGCAUCAAUCGACGACAUCAUCACUGUCGCCUAAUCCCGAUCGAAACAUGGAGACUCCGCCGCAACUGCCUGCGUCAACCAUGAUGAUCCCGAAACCAUCCACCACAAUUAGUUCUAAAAAUUAUUCCACUGGCCAAGCUCAACCACCACAGUCGUUCACUGCAGGUGGUGGUGGUGCUGGUGGUGGUGGUAAGAAGUCUGGAAAAUCAUCAUCCAGCGUUGCCUCGCCGCUCCUGUACAAUAACUUUGAACAGCAGCAACAGCUUGCUACAAUCACGCUUUCUACGAUGGGCACAUCGCAACCAUCCUCAAGCGUGAAGCGUGAUCGAGUAUCCUCUCCCUUCGCUGGUAGCUCAACGCAACGUGCUGGUCGCGUAGCAUCACCACUGCCGAUGCUUACCAUUACACCUAGCGACGGUCCAGUUACUACGGGACGCCAAAAACCGGAAUCAACUGGAAACCGUAAAACUAAAAGCAAGAAAGGGCUUAGUACACGGCCAACUCCGUACGCGCGUCCUACACCACCGCCACCGGGCAUACCGCAGCUCGGUGUACCCGGGUUAUCUAUUGAACCCGUGCUCGGGCCCGGUACACUGCAGCCACAAAUAAAUGACCCGAACGUAAGCAAGUUCCUGACCGCAGCUGCAUCAGCAACAGCAGGCGCCUCGAAAUCGUCCAUCGCAGGAUCUGCUGUGUCUUUAGCAGCGCCAAACAUGAAUGAUCUCGUUGCAUCCUACACGGAGCUGCUAAAGAAAUAUCCUAUGGCACGUUCGUUGUUGCUGCAGAGUCAGCCAAGAAAUGAAACAAUGAACACACAAGCAGUAAUCCCUCCGGCAGUGCCGAAGACGAAAGCAGCAACCGGACGUAAGCAGUCAGCAAAGCAGUCGGCGGCAAGCAAAGCUACUGCUGCAUCAUCCACAGCGGCUGGCACUUCGCCGGGGGCUGUGAAUCGUGUGUUCAGUGGCACCACACCGAUUUCACGGAUUGGUGCUACGAUAACGCCACUGCCAACGGGAUUUCCGGUCGAUGGAUACGCUCGAACGGUGUCGCCAGCGGGUAACACUGCCAACAUCGCAUCCCUGUCACCAUCCUCAGGUUCAAUGCCGUCCAUGCUACAGCAUCUUGGAGGUUCCAACCAGCAACAGCAAGCCAAAACAUUGCAGCAAAAAUUGGCGGAACGGCAAAAGGCAAACAAAGCUCGUGAAACGGAAAGCGUUACUGCAUCCGGUAGCAGCGGUCAGAGCUCUAGCUCAAAGCAGCCCAAACCAUCUGCUGAUCCCGUCGAUGUCAUUGUGCUAGAGUGAUGCUCAACAGCGGGAGAGUGAUAAACAUUAAUAAACAUUUGGCCAAUACAGAGCAAUCAAAGUAA